UUAGACAAAUUUUGUGUACGAGAUGCAUUUAACCAUAAACUUUCUAUGACCACAGAUGGCCUACCAAGGUCAUAUUUGGUCAAGCAAUGCCGUUAUGAACUAUACAAAAUGUGCCAAAUUGACCCACCAGAUGCAAACUUUGAAGAGGCAAAAGUAACUUCGGUUAAACUGUGUUCAAAGAACAUAUCUCUGAUUAUCUCAAAGAAAAACAAUGACUUCAAACAAACUUCAAAAUUUAUUUUACUUUCAUUUUCUAUUUUGCAAACAGGGGAGUCAGUAAUGCCUGCUUAAAGAAAUAGAACUCUUGGUAUAGUCAAGGGAUCUCAGAAUUAUCACACAAAAGGAAAUAAAUGACUUAAUUGCCACAGGUAAAAUGACUGUGGAUGGCCAAGACGUUAACACUAAAUUAUAUCUUCGUGGUCAUAACCCAUUUAUUUUGCCAGUGCUUGGAUUCAAGGGGGCAACAUCUAACUAUGCCUGUGCACAAAACUGAUCACUGGAAAAUAAAUAAUGACUUCCACAAUAACAACACUCCACCCUUGGCAAGAACACUGAAAGAGAUUUGCGAAAUGUCAAAGCAAUCUAAAGAAAAUUACUGCUGUGAUAAACAACCUUUGUUGAAUAUCCCACUCGAUAACAUUGUGGUAGAUGAGCUUCCCUUAAUGCUGCGUGUCAGAUAUCUUGAUUGA